AGCGCUAUGCACGUGCUGCAGGUGUUCUGUGAUUGGUCGGCGACUUUACAGCUUGUAGGUAAUUACCAAUCAAAAGUGAGCGCACUCGCUGCGCCCGAACAGUCGCAGACUUUGUGCCAGGAUGAGCGGUUUGUUUUGCGGACUUUCCCAGCGUCUGCUGCGACUCAUGGACUCGGACGGAACCAGCUUCCAGCCCUGGCGGGACUACAUGGGCCUGUCGGACAUUAUGAAAGAGAUUGUGGGUGGGAGCCCCGCCGCGGGCUCUCCUCCUCCUCCUCCUCCUCCUCCGCGCUCCGAACCUGAACAUCUGUGCGCUGCUCUCGGUUCUCUGCGCAUUCAUACUGUCGACGCAAACUCUGCGCCAUAUCUCCCCGCUGAUCCGAAAAUGACGGGUUGUUUUGCUCAUCAGCGCCCUCUCGAUGACCCGUGGGGCGCGCUGAGCUCAAAGCCGCACUCGGGGCCCGGGCUGAGAGCGGGGGGCCCCCGCAGAGCCAAAGAGCGCAGGAGGAGCCCCGCGGCGGCCGCGCCACGGAUGUUCUGCAGCUUCUGCAAACAUAACGGGGAGUCGGAGGCUGUGUUCAGCUCCCACUGGCUGAAGGACAAGGACGGGGACAUCCUGUGUCCCUACCUGCGCCACUACGUGUGUCCACUGUGCGGCGCAACCGGCGCCAAAGCGCACACGAAGCGCUUCUGCCCCAAAGUGGACAGCGCCUACAGCUCCGUGUACGCCAAGUGACGCGCACGGACUCGAACCCCCGGCGUGCUUUAAGUUUGCUGUGAUUUUAUUUAUUUGUUUGUGUGUGUUUGUUUGAAAAAAAAACAAAAAAC